AGACUGAGUGAGAAUUAAAGACAGGAGAAGUGACGAAGGCAAUCCUAAGUACAUUAUUAGACUGACUGACUGGCUGGCUGGAUGGAUGGGUGGGUUGCUGGGUUAAUAGACUGACUAACUGGGUUGGUUGAUAGACUGACUGGCUGGCUCAAUAGAAUGACUGACUGGCUGGCUGACUGGCUUAAUAGAUUGACUGGGUGGAUGGCUAGGUUGAUAGACUGACUGACUGGCUGGCUGGGUUGAUAGACUGACUGACCAGCUAGCUUAAUAGACUGGCUGGAUGGGUUGAUAGACUGACUGACUGGGUUGAUUAAUAGACUGACUGGUGGGGGUGGUGGUGGUGGUGGUGAGGAGGGCCUGUAUGCAUCACCAGGUAAUGCGUCACCACCAUGGAUGAGUCUUGUGAGGUGCGUCGGUCGGGGCGCCACAGAACCCGCCCCUUAGAGUUCUGGAACUUUGAGAAGCCCGAGGACUCGACCUGCAAGACGAUCAUCUAUAAUGAGAUUGAGCUGACGCGGUGUUCUGUGUUCCAGCUGUUUUCUCGAAGCUACUACCAAGGCUCCCAAGUCAACUGCUCAGAUGUCAAAGAGAAGGCCAAUCCACCCAUUGGUAAAACAGCGAAGAAAACACACUCCAAAUCUCACAGUUCUAAUAAACCAGCCAGGAAGUUAGACAUCAGCACGCCGGAGAAUGCAGAAAACUUACCAGUCAUUAGAAAUUCAACAUGUUCCGAUGAUACAGGUGUUAAAGCGAAAACUACCUCCAAAUCUCGCAGUUCUAAAAAACCAGCCAGGAAAUCGAAACUUAGCACAUCAGAGAAUGCAGAAAACUCACCAAUCAUUAGAAAUUCAACAUGUUCCAACAAUACAGGUGUUGCGGCGAAGAAAACCACCAAAUCUCUCGGUUCUAAACAACCAGCUAGGAAAUCAGAAGUCAGAGUACCAAAGAAUGCAAAAAACUCACCAAUCAUUAGAAAUCCAUGUUCCUUGACACAGAGAGGGCAAAAACGCAAGCUGGACUGUUCAGAGAUGAGUGAAGAUGGUACGAUAGUGAAUGGAGAAGACCACUCUCUGCCCCUCAAGUCUAGAAGCAAGAGAAGAAGUGUCUCAGUCCAGAAGUUGCCAGGGAAGGCCAGAACUCAAUCCCUGUAUAAUAAUAGAGACUCUGCAUGCUCUCCAAGGUUUAAAAAGAAGAAAGAAGAGAAAGAAGGUAACAAGAGCUCUCCAAGGAAGGCUGCAGGAUCUUCCCCGAGGUUAACAAGACGGAGAUCGGGAAGUAAAGGGUUGGAUAAGCAGCAGGUGAUGGAGGGCAGGAAAGCAGCAGAGAUUAGUGAGAGUAACAACAAUAACAAUAACAGGAGUGAUGUCACAAUGCCUUCGCAGAGUCGGUCAAACUUCUGUGGUAGUUUCUUCAAUGACUCAGUGAAACAACACUCCAGAUCUCGCAUCACAGGGAGGGACACCACACAGAACGCCACAGCAUUUGAACAGCCCAGCUUCCGCAAUGUUCUCUCCAGCACAGCCAUUGAGGUCACAGGGCCUGGAGUGUUCAAGGUGCCUCGACUGCCCCCUCGGAAACAUGUGGCAGUGUCGAAGGUCACCAGCUACUCUAUUGAUCCGAGCAUGGUGACUAUCCCAGAGGAGGAGGAGGAGUGUGAGAAGCCAAGAGGACAGGAGCAAAUGGAUGUAGAGGAGCCACAGAAAGAUAGAGAAGCUGGUGAUCUGGGUGAAGGUGAAGUCAGUGAAGCCACAACCACAACCACAGCCACAGCCACAAUGACAACCAUAGCCACAGUGAGCCCCAGGAAACGUGGUAGGCCGCAGAAGAGUCACACAGCGUUAACAGCCACAGCAUCUGAAGGUCACAGGCAGAGGAAGGAGAGCCAGGGACAAGAGGACACAAUGGAAGGUGAAGGGAGUGUCCGCCGCUCCUCGCGUGUUCGAACUGGACGACUCGAGUUCUGGAAUUUUGAGAAGGUGCAGGUGGAGAGGCAGGCGGAUGGAGAGGUGAAGGUCAUCCACCACAAGCAGGACUCCUCCAUGCAGAUCCAGAAGAGGGUGAUAGACUGCAGUAGUGUCUCAGUUUCACAGCUAGGCCGGGGCAUCACUCUCACCGAGGACUUACUGAAGGUUGACAACUCCACUGUCACGUCUAAUAAACCCAGUAAGCCCUCAGAAAAGUCAAGGGCUGGCAGAUCAAUCGCACUUCAUCCCGCGCUGAGUCCCAAACAGGUGAGGAAGAGUAUCAAGGCUCUUUCCAAGUGGUCACCCGGCAGCAGCCCACACAAGUCACCCAACAAGCGCCGCCUCUUCUCCCCCAACCUCAACUACUUCAAUGAGCCGGCCCUGGAAGAGUCCAAGACGUCCAGAAUCAGUGUGGGAGACAUGAAGGUGACAGUGGUGGGCAAAAUGGACUUCAAUAACCUGCGCUUCUUCAUCCUGGAGAAGAAGGACUACCGAUGCUAUGUGGCGAGAUCUUUGCACAACAAGGAGAAAACCAUCUUCAACUCCUUCCUCUUCCUGGAGCGUGGCAACAUUGUAUGGCACAGCCAGGCUAGGAUGACCAUCUACGUGAUAGAAGGCUUGGGCAAGAUGCACGUGAUCAGCGAGGGCCAGACACAGCACCACCAGCUCCAGGCACAACUCACUGUGCAGUGCCCUAAAGAAUCCAAGAUAUCGGUGAGGAAGGAUGGUCGCUGCAAGAUAUUAAAGCUGUACAUAUGUCUGGUGAGGGAACCCGUUGUGCCAGAGUGUUCCUGAUGACUGGUGACUCCUCUCCUAACCCCUGACAGAUCUGAGCGAUAUUAUAUAACUCAGCGUUCAUCCAGGAAUAGAUUUAUAUAAUUUUUUUCUAAGUCUCGAGUCCGUGUACGUCUGUUGCAUUGUGGGAAACUGAUUUGUAUUUAAUUUGUUUUCAUUUAAAAUUUUUUUUUUUUCUAUUUCAAAGUUUUUCAGUGUCUAGUUGGUAAUUCUGGUUUUUGUUAAGUCUUCCUUGCUGUUUUCUCUCUUUUCUUUCUUAUUUCAUGUUAUUCUUUGAUAUGUCUCUUUUCAUUGUUUUUAUCCCUUUUUUUUUUUUUUCUUUAUUACAAUUUUCCUCUACAUUGUUUUGUGGAAUCAAUUUUUUUUUUAUUCUCAAUUUUUUUAUUGGGUGGAAACUUCAUUAUUUUCUUUCUUUUCCUUGUUAUGCUCCAUCAUCCAUUUUUUUUACCGUGACAUCUUCAUCAGCAUUCUUGACAAACAUACAGCUGUACAUGAUUUCAAUGUAAUGUCGUAACAAUUUCAUACCUUUAACACAAUAAAAAUGUAAUAUUCUGACAAGUACAAUUAUACAGUUUUUAUAUAAAAGACAAGCAUG